CCUUCGCCACUGGCCAUACACAAACCACUUGCGCAACGCUGCUUGGUCCUUACUCCACCAAACCUUCUCCGCCUACGGCCACAAUGGACGGCGGAAGCCAGUCACACGAGUCUGAUAUCUACGCUGUUCUGAUGGAUCGGUUUCAUAGUCUCCAAGCAAGCCACGAGAAACUCAAAGAACAGUUCAAUAUUCUCCUGCAAGAAAAGAGCAUUGCCGGUGGAUUUGGAAGUACAAGUAGUAGAGUUGCACGAGUGAGAAACUCGGUGGACGAAGUUAUGAAUAUGCAAGAAGAUUCGUCAGGUGAGUUGGCGGGGGAAGAUUCCAGCUGGGCUAGCUAUAUUCAUGGAGCUUACUAUUCAGGGAGUCCGUACAAGAACGUGUUAGAGUGCAUGGGUCAUGCAGUUCAUAUCAGUCGAGCUGGCUCUGAAGAGAUCAUUUACUGGAAUUCAUCUGCUGAAAAGCUCUUUGGAUACAAAGACUACGAGGUAUUGGGACAAAGAGAUGCAGUGCUGAUCAUUGAUGAAAAGCGUCAUGCAUUGGCGCGGAAAAUCAUGGACAGGUUGAGCUUUGGACGGUCUUGGGCAGGUCAGUUUCCUUUCAAGAAGAGAUCAGGCCAGAUCUUUGUGGCAAUAGUUACGAAAAGCCUGCUGUAUGAGGAUGGCGAGCUUGUUGGCACCAUCACUGUUUCAAGUGAUGCAGCUGUCUUUAAUAAUCUACAUUUAGAAAAUACAAGAGUAGGCCAAGACCCUACUGAUGGUAAAUCUAGAGGACGAGGAAUAAAUCAGAAAAGAAUCCAGUUGCGUGCACAACCACAGAUUGCAUCAUCUGUUUCCAAUCUGGCCUCAAAAGUAUUAUUGCGGAAGCAUGAAGACAGUGGAUCUGAUGGAAGUUCCAAUAUUAGGGAAAAGGAGCAAAAUGAACUGGACAAUGCAUAUCUAAAAUCUGAGAGGCCACCUAGAGCACCAGCAACAAGACCGCAAGUUAAUUGUAAGUCUCCCAAUGCGAAGAAUAAAAUUGAUGGAGAUGGCUUUGAAAGCGAAGAAUCCACAAGUGGAUUUCCUCAGCCAUUAAAACUUGCCGAAAAGGUAUUAGCGAAGCUUCACAUUGGGGGUAUUGCCAAUCUUAAUAAGAACAAAGAUGCAGUUGUCCAAUGUAACAGCUUGAAUGGUAUGUCAUGCAGCAAAGUAUUGGUCGAGUCAUCUUCACCUGGAGCACCACAAGCAACACAAGCAACUAGCUCACAUAACGAGGACUUGUAUCCUAUAACUGCACCUGUCCGAGUUUCAGAACAGUUGCAGACGUCAGACUUGCAAGACUUGAAUACAAAUGGGCAGAAUUUGGAAAUGGAGAUUGAGGAUACACUACAACCUCAACCAGAUAUUCAACGGUUCCCGAACUCAAGGGAGGAUAGUGGAAGCAGCAUUGGUAGUCCAUCAAGCAAAGGUGAUGAUGAAUCAAACUUGAUUGUACAUUGUGAAAUCCAUUGGGAAGACCUGCAAUUACGAGAGCAAAUUGGCCAAGGUUCAUUCGCUGUUGUGUAUCGUGGAAUCUGGAAUGGAUCAGAUGUUGCAGUUAAGGUUUAUUUCGGGAAUGAAUACAAUGACCAGACUCUACUCAGUUACACUCAAGAGCUUUAUAUAAUGAGGACACUGAGACAUCCAAAUGUGCUGUUGUUCAUGGGGGCAGUAUGCUCACAAGAAAAACUGGCUCUGGUAACAGAAUAUUUGCCAAGGGGAAGUCUCUUUAAAGCACUACACAAAAGUAAUCAGCAAUUAGACAUCAGACGUCGUCUGAGGAUGGCUCUUGAUGUGGCAAGAGGUAUGAACUAUUUGCAUCACAGAAACCCACCAAUCGUACAUAGAGAUCUCAAAUCUUCAAACCUGCUUGUCGAUAAGAGCUGGAAUGUCAAGGUUGGAGACUUUGGCCUGUCAAAAUUGAAGAAUGCGACCUUCUUAACAAACAACUCUGGGAAAGGAACGCCUCAGUGGAUGGCUCCCGAAAUCCUUCGAAGUGAACCUUCAACGGAAAACAGGAUGAGGGGGGAAAAGAAUCAAAAGAGAGAACUAGGCUGUCCCAGUAUUGAGAAGUCAGAUAUCUACAGUUUUGGAGUCAUACUGUGGGAACUGAUGACUGAAUCCAUACCAUGGAAGAACCUGAACUCGUUGCAGGUUGUGGGAAUUGUCGGCUUCAUGGACCGCAGACUGGACCUUCCAGUAAACCUUGAUCCCGAAAUUUCAUCCAUCAUCCGUGACUGCUGGCACAGCAAACCAGAAAACCGUCCAUCAUUUCAAGAUAUUAUCCAGAAAAUAACAGAUUUAAUUCAAACUGGAGCAAAUGCAAGGAGGAGUCCAGGGCUUUGAAGCUGCUGCAGGGCUCGCGCUCGUGUAUAAUAGUAGUAGCAAUACAAAUGCAAGUCUUCCAAAAGUAUGGAGGAACUAAAACUAUCGCCAGACUUAACCAAUAAUAUGGUGUACAAGUCCUUUAAGUUCACACAACAUAUUUGUUGAUCGAGAGUUCCCAUCUUUCUACUUUCCCUCCUUUUGUUUUCGUGUCAAGGAAAGAUGAAAAAGGCUUUUGGAAAAUGGAAAUCAAAGAGAUAAAAUAGUAGCCUUAACAAAGAGUUGCAUGAGAGUUUGAAGGACUUCAUUACAGUUAAUGAGUUUUAGCAGACAUACCUGCAGAUUUGGGCCAUUAUGAGAAAGGCCCAAUCUCACAGCGUCAGCAUUGCAAUAUGCAGAUACUAAACUGUGCAUGCGUUCAUUGUUUUUUUUUUUUUUUUUUGGCUUUUUCGAAAGAAAUUGUAUAGUUAUUGAGGUUUAGCAUUAUUUCGAAUAUCAAAAUUUUUUUGUAUUUUCAAAGUC